ACUUUUUGAUUGUCACUGUUUUCGUGUUUGUGAUUGCACGCACCGCAAGUAUUUCGGCGAUUUUGGUGAUCGUGUAGUGACGUACAAUUGAUGCGAGUUUACUGUUAAAUAAAUAAAAAGUUAUUUUAUUUUACUUAAUCGUCAAAAGAAUAGACAAUUAUCAAAAUGCUGGACGGAAAACAAGACAAUGGAAAUGUUGAUAGUGUUGAUACUAAACAAAGAACCAACGGUGGUGGCGAUGAAGGCGACGCUCUGGGCAGUCACAAUUCCUCGCAACCUAGCCGUAUUGCUAGGAUGCCUGUUGACAGAAAUGCCCCUUAUUAUAACAUGAACCAUAAACAUCGUGGGAUGGCCAUUAUUUUCAAUCACGAGCAUUUCGAUAUUCACAGUUUGAAGUCUCGUACUGGCACAAAUGUAGACAGCGACAACCUUUCCAAAGUUCUUAAAGGUUUGGGUUUCAAAGUGACGGUGUUCACUAACUUAAAAUCAGAAGAAAUCAAUAAAUAUGUCCAGCAGACUGCAGACAUGGACCAUUCUGACGCUGACUGUUUACUCGUUGCUGUUUUAACCCAUGGGGAGCUAGGAAUGCUGUAUGCCAAAGACACUCAUUACAAGCCAGAGAACCUGUGGUACUACUUUACUGCUGACAAGUGCCCCACUCUGGCUGGAAAACCUAAGCUGUUCUUUAUUCAGGCUUGCCAAGGUGAUAAAUUGGAUGGUGGUGUUACUCUGAGCCGCACUGAGACAGAUGGCUCACCUUCUGCAUCCUAUAGGAUUCCCGUACAUGCUGAUUUCUUGAUUGCAUUUUCUACUGUACCUGGAUACUUCUCUUGGAGGAACACUACUAGAGGUUCUUGGUUUAUGCAGGCCUUAUGUGAAGAGUUACGCUAUGCAGGAACUGAGAGGGACAUCCUGACAUUGCUAACAUUUGUGUGUCAGAAAGUAGCUCUAGACUUUGAGUCUAACGCUCCUGACUCAGCGAUGAUGCACCAACAGAAACAAGUUCCUUGCAUCACCAGCAUGCUGACACGCUUGCUUGUGUUUGGUAAGAAGUAAUCCCACUGAUAUGCCGUGUUGUUGAUCUGUACCUAUGUUAGGUAUUCAAAUGUCUUGUUAGCUAUACUUAUACAAAUGUAAUAUGGAAGGAAACUAUUCUUUCUUGUCUAAAUUAGAAAAUAAUGUUCAAUGGCUGUUCAAAAUGUUUUAAUGGUAGACGCAUUUUAACAUUACUUUUUGAGAUUAAUUUUGGUUCUGCAUUAUUUUUUAUGAUUCAUUAUUAUUUGGUGUCCAAAUGAAAUAAUGGUGGUUGUUAGAUGUAAAUUGUAGUGCAUUGUCACAAGUUAUGUAAGUAGUAGCACUUCCCUAUUAUGUGCUAGUGAUAUAAAGUUUAGGUAAUUAGAAAAGAUGUAUUUUUUGCUCAUUUUCAUAAUAAUGAGUGCACAAACUUUAAAAUUAAAUUAUAUUUCAUAAUAUGUAUUUGCUCAAUUAAAGAAUAAAGGAUAAAAAUACACUCCCAGCCAUAUGUUUGAAAAGUAUUCUUUGACACAUUGCAAGUUUUAAUACAAAAAUGUUUGAGAUUAUAUUUGUAAAGUACUUAAUAAUAGUAAAUAAUUUUUAAUCAUAAAGUGAACGAAAGAACAGACUGAAGAACAUGAACAAAGGAAUCAAUUUCUAUAGCAACUGUACAUAUCAUGAAUGUCAUACACAUUUAUGUUUCUCUUAGGAUAAACUUGUGUUGUAAUAACUAAUCAAUUUAUUGAGCUAUUUAAAGAUCUGAUAUCAACAGUGUUACCUAGUUUUGUUAUGUUUUAAGUUUUUUUUUGCAUUAUUCAAACCUGUAGGCAGACCACCUAUGUUAAGACAUUUAUUUUUAAUAAGAGCAUUUAAUUGUUGUAUUAGUUGUUAGUAGCACAAUAACAAUUUCUACCAAUUUUACACUAAGUUAGUUUUCUUUUUAUUUUUUUGUGAGCUGGCUUGAAUGAAAAUGUCUAGUAUUGCAUGCCCAAGUGUCAUAAUAAAAGUUUUAAUUACAAUAUGUUUUAAUAUCAGUAAUGCAUUAUAUUAUAUAAGUAAUGAAAUAAUAAAACUUGAAUAUUAAAUUUUGGAUUCAGGUAUGUGAUAAUGGCAUCAAUUGACUGAUUUAACUUUAGUAUGAAAAAGUAUCUGUGAGGAGUUAAUUGCCAUGGAUUUAUAUUAGAAAUAAUAAUAUUUUAGUUGUUGAUAUAUUAAAAUUGUGCCUUGUCCAACUGUAAAUUAUUGUAGAAACACAGCUAAAUGAUGGAUCUUUAUUAGUAUUCUAGCUCUCCUCAUAGACUUUUGAUGCAAUGAUAUGAGUGGUUUGUAUUUUUUAUAAUAAAUGCUUAUAUUCUACCGUAAACUAUAAGCAAUAAAUUCUUCCAUUCUCAA